AAAUUUGUUUGUGUUUCUGUUUGUAAAUCGAUACAGUGAUUGAGAUUACAUAAACCGAAAGUAUUUGCUGCUACAUAUUGAUGCCAGCUGGCUAAGGUCGAAGCUGUUCUAAUCCGACGCUGGCAUUUGCUUUGGCAGACCACGAUGAAUCAGUACACGGGCAAAGUGCAGCCGAUAAAGAGAGAAACAAAUUUUAUUUGUGCAGGAGGCCAUCCGAGUCAAAGGGGAAAUAUUAUUGCGCCAAUAUAGGAGGAAUCGCUGGAAUGGCAGACGCUUAGUUCUGCUCGACAGACGGUUUGGAAUAGAGCAAGUGCGUUCCUGGCUUCGAAACAAGUUCGCUUCCUGGUAACGUGCGCGUGUGACAUGACUGUUCAGAAAUUGUACAUUCUGCAAAAUUUCUAGUGAAGUGAUAAGACAAAACAGCUGCUCAGUGAUUGUGAUUUAGUGUUUUUUGUCUGCUGCAGAAACACAUUGACGCGAAGCUGGAGAAGCUUUGAAGAGGCUAAGCUUUAAGUACUAACGACAGGCUGUGAUAUUUGUUCAUCGGAUUUAACACUUCGCAAUCAAUAAGGGGUCCCAACGAUGCUUUCGGAGGUAGACGAACUGCCGUCGGUGCAGCUGGGCGACUACAUAUUGCGGUUCGAGCUGGAAGACCUAACACCCUUCGGCCGGGAAGUAGCAUUACGUGAGCUACGCGAAACACCAGAAAUCAGAGAAAAGGGCAUCCAAGAGCUGCGGGAACUGUUGCAAGGUCAAGAUGAGCUGACAGUUCCCCUGGAUAAUGAAGACUGGAUGGUACGGUUCCUGCGGCCCUGCAAGUACUACGCAAAAAGUGCAUAUGAACUCAUCCAACGGUACUACCAGUUUAAGGUUAAGCAUUGGGACAUGUAUUUGGACUUGAGCCCAUCGCGCGAGGUUAACAUUUUCAAGCAGAACAUUCUAGCCGUGUUUCCUAACCGGGACCAACUGGGGCGACGAAUUCUUCUGCUAGAACUUGGCAAACCAUGGAAACACAAGGAAGUCUCACUGGAUGAGGUAUUCAAGGGAAGCGUACUGUUUCUGGAGGCCGCUAUGCUGGAACCGGAAACUCAGGUGCACGGUGCUGUCGUAAUCUUUGACAUGGAUGGUCUUACGAUGCAACAGGCCUGGCAGUUUACGCCUCCAUUCGCGAAGCGGAUCGUCGAUUGGCUGCAGGACGCCGUUCCUCUGCGCAUCAAAGGCAUUCACAUCAUCAAUCAACCAAAGAUUUUCAAUAUAGUUUUCGCUUUGUUUAAACCAAUUCUUCGGGAGAAACUGCGCAACCGAAUUGUGUUUCACGGUUCCGAUCGAGAAUCGCUCUACAAGCACAUUUCGAAAGAAUGCCUGCCGCAGUGCUAUGGCGGUACGGUGGACGCGCCACGUGUUCAGGGGGAGCAGUGGUACGAAUUGCUGCUUAAGUGCGACGCCGAAUAUACCGCCAUAAACAAAUAUGGCUAUGUGAAGACAAUGGAAGAAAUAAGAAUUAAGAAAAGCAAGAAAAAGUGAAUCUUGGAAGAUAUCUUUUUGAGCAAAAAUGACAAAUCGAACCUUCGAUACCAAGAAACGGAUAUGUGAUUAAUAAUCAGGCUAAGCGAAUUUAUACUUAAAACAGUAGCUUUUGCACAAAUCAACUUCUAGGGCCCAAUCAUUCCUACAGUGAAUCAAACUGUUAUAUUUAUUAGUUGUUCAGACACUCGACUUUCGCUUAACUUAGCCAUAGCGAUUUAGAAAUACGCUUUUCGAGAAAGAUAGUGCGAGUAACCGAAGAAACGCAGUCACGGUUAGAAGUAGGUAGAUAGGUGUACAUUUACGAUAAUCAUUUGUUAUCUUAACCGGUGAAACAAAAGUGCAUGAAAUCUAAAACAUUUUAAUAUACAAUAAAAAUGAAUCUCAAACUAGACUAACAUUUUUGCAGUUUUUCCGUACUAAGGUAUAAAAUUAGAACAAUAUUUUUCGCAGGGCAAUUCAAAUCUUAAAUUAUUUUAUCGAAAAUAAGG